CCGUCGUAUUUUUCCUCCCCUCCACCACCACCACAGCCUGCUGCUUUAAACACACUGAGCUGAGAGAGACACUCGAAAUAAACAAGCGCGAGGAAAAAAAGAACAGGGGUCUGCUGCUGCUGCUGUAGGGGACCAGUCCGGGUCCGGUGUCACGUUUAUUAUCCCCCACAGCCUAUAUGGACAAGUUACCAUCAGUGAACCUCCACUGUGAGCUCAUAUCAGUGUAAACUUUUUACACCCUAAGCUGCAGACACAGAGCUCCGACUAAAAAAAAAGCCAGGUAUUCCCUUUUAAAUUUGCAGCGAGAACUACAAGUGGACCUAUGGACAUGUCCUGCUGUCCUCCUUCCCCCGUGCCUGGUCUAUAGUCAACCAGAAACGACCCACAUUCCCACCCACACCCCAUUCCCAGCCAUUUGACUCCACCACCCUGUGGUCCCACCAUGGCCAGCAAGAGGAAGUCUACGACUCCUUGUAUGAUCCCCAGCAAGAUCAUACGCCCAGCAGAUGAGGCUGAACGGGAUUCUCCGGGUCUUCUCCAUCAUUCCAGGAUUUCUGGAGUGGGCAGACAUAGCCCGCUCGACCCUGGAGAGUAUUCCAAACCAGAGGCGGGGGACGCCGGCAAAGAUGGCGUUGGCACUUACACCUGUAAGCCUUGUAACUUUGAAACCCACGACCUUAACUUGUUCUUGGAUCACGUGUACUCCGGGCACCCAGACUUCCGAGCGGACCCCAGCUUCUUCUGUGUGAGCUGUGGGGUUUCAACGCCCAAAUUUGAGGGUCUGGCUCUGCAUAACGCCAGGGUUCACCCCAGCACAUUGACCAUGAUUUUGCGGCUGAGGAAGUUGGACACGAGGGCAGUGGUGGAGCAGAGUCUGGUGACUGGGGCAGAGACGGGGAAGGAUAGCGAGAUCUCCAUCACCAAAACGCCGAUUAUGAGGAUGCUGAAGGGCAAAUCGGAGUCUAAACGGAUAGUGGUGUCUCACCCGGUUUCAGACGAGCCUUCCUCGGACCCUCACUCUAUCUCUGCGUCCAGAGAUACGGAGAGAAAAGUGCCGGCUACAGUGACCGUCACCCAUGUUCCCACAAUUGUCCACAAUGGAACGACCAAGGUCACUCUGCCCUCAGCGAUCCAGAUAGUCAACGGCUCUGGAGCAUUACCGAUGCUCAAGACUCCCAUCACACAGGUGGUCUCAGUGGUUCAAAGCAGAAGUCUUCAUCAAUCUGCACCAAUCACAGCCUCCUCAAUUUCCUCUACUUCGUAUUCAACCUCCAAAAAUCUCCCCAAGGUGAUGAUUCCUUUGAGCAGCAUCCCUACCUACAGUGCCUCCAUGGACUCCUCUUCCUUCCUGAAGACCUCCUUCAGUAAGUUCCCGUACCCCACAAAGGCGGAGCUCUGCUACCUGACAGUGGUCACAAAGUUCCCUGAAGAGCAGAUCAAGAUCUGGUUCACAGCCCAGAGACUGAAACAGGGCAUCAGCUGGUCUCCUGAGGAGAUCGAGGAGGCCAGGAGGAAGAUGUUCAACACCAUCAUCCAGACUGCACCUUCCACCUCGCACAACCAGACCCACAGUCACCAUAGCCAACAAACCAUCACAGUCCUGCCUGCCUCGCUGGGGGCCACUGGGAUCCAUCAAUUCCUGCAGGGCUCUCUUGUCAGCCAAGGAGGGGUGAUCGUCACGCAGCCUGUAAUGGCAAACGGUAUCCAGGUCAGCAGUGCUCCUGUGGCGCUGGCUGUCACACCUAAGCCCCAGGCAGCAGCUCGCCCCAUGAUGCAGGCCCGACCCACUGCAGCCCUGGUGGCAGACAAAGGCAUCAGCAUGGUGGUGGGGACGGUGGGCAGCAGCAGCACUGGGACUAACAUCAUUAGCAGCAGCAAUAGCAGUAGGAGUGGGAGAGGGGGCAUUAGCAGUAUUAUUACGAGCAAUCAAGCUAGUGUCAUCAACCUUAGUGUAGGAAGCAGUAAUCUUAAGGUUAGCAGUGUCAACGGUAAACACAGCGGCGCUAAUGCAGUCCGCAAUAAUGUCACCAGCCACGUAAAUGCUAAGGACACUGAUAUCAGGAAAGCCAAUAACACCAGCAUUGUGAGGAGUGACAACAAAGUGACCACAGAAAGUAAAAACGCCCCAGACAGCAAAUCUAAUAACAGCAAAACAGGCAGCGACGGACAGAAGAGAAAGGACACCAACAGUAGCAGCAACAAGAAGAACACAACUAGCACAGAUGAUGUCGACCGUACUACCAGUGACUCUCCAAACAUCAAAGUGGAGGAGGCGUCCUCCCCUGCCUCAAAGUCUUCUUCCCCCUCUCCUGCAGCUCCUUCGGGUAACACACCUGGCUUAGUCAACGCCUUCCUGGACCCCAGCUUUUUCAAGGGCAAGAAGUCUCAGGAGCAGCUCAGCGCUCUGAAGGACAGCUUUCUGGCCGGCCAGUUUCCCGACCAGGAGGAGGUGGACCGCCUCAUCGGUCUGACCGGGCUCACGGUACGAGAAGUCCGCAAGUGGUUCAGCGACCGCCGCUACCACUAUCGCAACCUCAAAGGUUCACGCGCCAGCACAGGGGGACAGAGUAAGUCUGGCAGUGCAGCGGGAGCAGGGAGCGGUUCAAGCACGCCGGGGAGCAGCAGUGCCAAUCCCGUGGAUCUGUCUGAAAAUAGCAGCAACUCCGGUGCAAAAACUCCCCAGCACAGCUCUGCACCCCUGAGCCCGGCUGCAUCACAGACUCCAACCUCUCCCACCACACCUUCCCGCCGACUCCCCAGAGCUCCUUCUCCUGAUUUCACCGCUAUCCGCUACAAGGAGAGAGAUCCUCACCAGUUAAAGGCUCUAGAUGCCAGUUUUGAGCAGGAUCCUGAGCCAGAAGGAGAGGAAGUGGACAGACUGCGAUCUGAGACCAAGAUGACCAGGAGGGAGAUCCACGGCUGGUUCUCCGACAGGAGGAAGAGAGUGGCAGCUGAGAAGAAGAGAGAGGAGGCGGAGCGGGCUUUGAGAGAGGAAGAGGGGGAGAUGGAGGUCGAUGGGGAGGAGAGACAGAGAGAGGACGGCUCACCAGAACUGAAAGUCAACCCUAUUAAAAUCAACCUGAAGAUGCUCAAGGUGACAGAGGCCAACGGCAAAGCAGAGGGUGAAGGGUUGGAUAGCGUGCCGCCUGCAUCCUCCCCAGGCCCCACUCCAUCCUCCACCCACAAACCACCCCAGUCCUCCACCCCAACACCCAAACCAUCCCACUCCCCCAAACCCAACGCCAUCCGAGGUAAGAAGACGGCGGAGCAGCUGCAGAUGCUCAAACAAGUCUACGCCCGCACCCAGUGGCCCAGCGCUACUCAGUACGAUGAAAUGAUCUCCACCACCGGACUGUCCAGACCCGAGGUGGUGCGCUGGUUCGGGGACUGUCGCUACGUGCAGAAGAACGGCCAGCUGAAGUGGCUGGAGACUUACCAGACUAUGGCUCUGGAAGAGGGCCUCCAGAAGGGGAACACAGAGAUUCUCCAGGCCCACCACGACGACCACGGCAGCCUGGAGGAGCCACAGUUGCAGGAACUGGCUCAGGCUUGUGGUUUAACAGCGGACUUGGUGCGACAUUGGUUCUCCACUAAGGCGUCUUUGCCUCGGUUGGAACAAACUGCUGCCGCUCAUGCGACAGAACCAAGCCCUGGCUCGCCAGACGCAGCAGCUGAGCCACGAUCAACAGGCUCCUCCCCCCUGGAGCCGCAGCCAGGAGGAGGGACGGAGGAGAAAAUGGAGCAGUCGGUGUGUGGUGUUGCAACAGAAGCGGAGGAGGCCGACGCUGACAAGACUGUGAAUCCUACUAAAGGAACCGAUUGAGGAGGCGCUUCGUCUGAGGAUGGAGUUCACAACGCAGGUGGUCUUUGUGUCGGGAGUCUGAGGAAAAAGGCGGCAGAUGCAGUUGUAACAGGAUCACUGGAUGGAAACCAUCCUCAGCCAUCCCUCUCUGUCACACCCCUAGAGGUAGGCAUGACCUCCCCCACACCGUGAGAUGGACGCUAAAGCCACUAACCCCCCCCUCCACAUCCAUCCACCCACACCCUGCCCUCCUCCUCCCGUUGUGUCGCUACACAGACCUCCUCCAGUAUCCUCCCGCCCGCCAUUUUCCCUUCAGAAGGAAGUUCCAGUAGAGACUGAAGUGCAGGAGUGGAUGUGGUGGAGGGAGGGGCCGGGCUGACACCGUUUCUCCGCCUGCCUGCUGUGAUGAGAGAAAGGAAGAAGGAAAAAAAAAAAAAGGGUAGAUUUGGAGGAAGAAGAGGAGGGAAAAGGGAGAAGUGUGGUGGGACCUCAGCAGAUGUUGAUCAGGGGUGUGAGGGGGGGUUGGGUUUUUAGACUGUUCUCGACCAAAUCAACCCUCAGACGAGGAUCGACGGAGUGCUGACAGACUGCUCAUAGCUUGUUUUGGGGUACGAAAAAACUGCACAGCUCUUUGCUGCAGGGUGCUUGCCUUAAAGGCCUUAAAAAGUAAAUCAAAUGACCCUUCUUUUUCCAUCGUGCUAUCUUCAUACUCCCUUUUUUCCACCGACUUGCACUCAUACACUUUGUCUUCAAGUUUGCAGCUUACUUUAAAUGUGCUAGCUAGGCUGUUCAUAGUGAAAGACAGCACUGAUGUUCAUUUGAUCAUUUCUUUUUAUCUUUGUACUCACUUUUCAUUUUCUAUCUGUACAUAUUCGGUUAAAUAGGACAUGAGUUUGGGGGUGGGGUGGGAAAAAACGUCUGGACUUCUGUCAUCCAAAGAGGGCAAGCACCCUGUUGUGUUCACAACAUAGUAGACUAUAUGGAAAUCUGGUUUUGUGUCGUAGCAUCAAGUGCUUCUUUACGUCACCGAACGUGUGCGUCCGUUUGUUUUUAUGGAACUUUCCUAUGAAAUAAAUUUGACUGUAGAAGAACUGUGAACUUUUACCAGAGUUCCAUACUUAAUGCUUGAUGUAUAAUUUUUACAGAUGGUAUUUGCAGAAUAAACAGAAUGUAAUAAAUUUGCA